UUCCCCGUCCGUUUGUCUGUCCCAGCGCCAAGCUGUGGUCCCUGCCCCGUUGCUCAGCUGCAAUGGGGCCGGGCAUCACCUUGGCACGGCACAGUGGGGACCUCAUUCAUUUCCGUGCCAUCUCGUGGGGGCUGCAGGUCCCCCCUAUGGCCCAGGAUGGUGGACGCUAGGCUCCAUGAGACACGGAAGAGGGGGGGCAACCAGGGGGCUCGGCCGUACAGCUAAGGGGAGGGGCCCAAAGCGGAGCGGGCACGCUUCCAGUAGGCCCCGCCUCCCGCUCUGUGCCGGGUUGCCUUGGGGACGGCGUCCUCACUUGGAGGCGAUGGGCAGCGGCGGUUCGACGUGUCCGAUAUCGGCCGAGGGCCCGGCGGGCGUGGAGCAGCGGCUGGAGGCGCGGGGCGGGCGGCUGCCCCCGGCGCUGUGGGCUCAACGCGGGCUGCGCAAACUGUACCUGAGCGGCGCGGGGCUGCGCGACGUGCCGGCCGAGCUGGCUUCCCUGCGGCACCUCCGCACGCUGGCUCUGGACGGCAACGAGCUGCUGGAGGUGCCCGAGGCCCUGUGCCACCUGCCCUGCCUGGCCUACCUCUACCUGGGCCGCAACGGGCUGCAGGGGCUGCCUCCUGCCUUCGGCCGCCUGCAGAGCCUGCGCUGCCUCUGGCUGGAGGGCAACAUCAUGGGCCGCUUCCCCCAAGCCCUCCUGGGGCUGCCGGGCCUGCGCAGCCUGCAGCUGGGAGACAACCGCCUGGCACGCCUGCCCUCUGCCCUGCCCCGCAUGGCCGGCCUGCAGGGCCUCUGGCUUUACGGCAACCGGUUCCAGCACUUCCCCGCCGUGCUGCUGCGCAUGGCCCAGCUCCGCGUCCUUGACCUCGAUCGCAACCGCAUCGCCCGCUUCCCCGACCUGCGGAGCCUGGCCGGCCUGUGCCUGCUCUCCUACGACCACAACCCCGUGAGGCAGCCGCCCUGCGUGGCCGACGCCGUGCGGCUGGUGGGCAACGGGGCCGUGGAGUACAUGGAGGAGCGGGAGGAACGGCUCCGGGACCAGCAGCGCCUCGAGGAAGAGGAGGAGGAAGGCACCGAGAGGAUCCCUCAGAGCGAUGGGUCUGUGCUGCUGGAAGAUGCACCGUGAGGGGUUGCGGAGCCAUUGAGGAGCACAAAGUGCCUCAGAGCAUCCCGUAGAGGCACAGGGUUGGAUGUUUACCGUCACAUGAAGAAGAGAGAGACCUGAACGAGAUCACGGCUAAGAGCUCUAGAGUUAAAAAUGAACACACAGCCCCGAGGUGACGGGGAGGGGGGGGUAAGGACGCGGGCACCCUGCCCCACUCCCUGCUUUGGGGUCCCCUCACCCCUCAGCUCUGUGCGGCCCCUUCCCCAGGCGCGUGGCUCUCCUCUGUUAUGUUAAAAAAAGAGAGGAUGUGGUAAAAAUACAAAUGUCCCUAAAAGCA